AUGGGCGAUGCAGGCAGCGACAUGCUCCUCGAACGUACCGCACGGCCGCCGUGGCUCGCCGACGUCGACGAAGAAGCCGUCGACUACGACCACAUGUCGGUGCGCGCCGAAGACACUCUUGUGCGCUGCAGCGGGAUUCUGCGCGACGGCGCACGCUGCACAAGGACGUGUGUCGUCGACCGGUCCCAGCUAUUGUAUCCGCCCCAUUCCUAUUGCUACAAGCACCAUGGGCAAGCCGCGGUCACUUCGCAUGGCUACGCACCCCUCGUCGUCUCGGAUUUGCAAGUACCACCCCCUACUCGGCGUCCAUGCGUUUGCAGCCACUGGACCAGCCUCGCGAUGCUCUUCGUUUGCAGCUUCUCACUGGCUGUGUUUUGCUUGGUCGUGGCGCUGGCGCUCCACGAGCCGACGUUGGGCAUCCUCAGUGUCACAUUCUUUGCCGUGCCAAUCGGAUUGCUCGGCUACUGUCUCCUCCAAAUGAUGAUGCAUGCAUUUCUGCCACCCCCGCCACCACUCGAUGCCACGGACCUCUUACUUUGACUAUGCUACACCCCGUGGUGGCACAUCACUUGGACGUCUGCGAUCGGUCGCCCGCACGAAUGGAGCGACGCCAGAUUGGUGGCUCUAUAAAGAUCUCUAUAUGAC